GGGAUGCUGCGCCGCGCUGCACUUCCCGGGAAACGUUGAAAUCAUUUAAAAUGGAACUUUCGAAACGUGAGCCGCGACCGCUCGCUCGCCCCGAGUUCGGUCCGUAAUUUUCGAUUUUCGAUCGACGGAAAUUUCGAACGAUUACAGACUGUUCGGAGUUAAAAUGUGUCCCGAAGUACGCGGUUAGGGAAAUUGCAGUAGCUGACGCGGCGUCUUUAUAAUGGUGAUUUGACCUUGGCCCGUUUUCCCGCCCGCGACAACCUUGUUGUCGAUUGCACUCUCCUCUGACAUUCGCGAAUUUGAGGGCUCGCAAGUGUUUACGGAAACUAUGUGCCAGUGAUAAUUAAGUAGACUCAGAGUUAAGUAGAACUAGGUGAAACUCAAGAUGAAUAGAUGAUAGUAGGUAUUGAAUGACGUAAAUAAUUGAGGAAAACUGCGGAAAACGGAAACGUCGCGAUGACGUCCUCCCGAGAAUUCGCGAUCAUGAAAAUCAUCGUGGUCGUGAUCGCGGCGCUGCAGCUCACGGGGUGCGACGUGGUCACCGAGGGGCCGCGCGCGUACGACAUGCCCGCACCGGAGCCGCUGCCGGUGCUGCACGGGAACGACACGAGAUGUCGGAUAUCGGAGUACCAGUGCACCAACAGGAAGUGCGUGCCAAUCAACAGGUUCUGCGACGGCAGCAACGACUGCGGCGACGCGUCCGACGAGCCGCGACAUUGUACACGGUGCAACAAAACGUACUACGGUGACAUCGGUCGGACGUACGAGAUGGAACUGCACCGGCCGCGCGAGGAUCUGGUGCCCUACGUGUGCCUCCUCACCGUCACAGCAGCCGGGGGCAUACACGGAGACCUGGUGCAGAUCCUCUUCGACAGUUUUACGCUCGGCCGCUUCACCUCGUUCACUGAUGAUGGCUGUCCGGACGGCUACAUGCAGAUCCAGGAGGCGAGCAGGCCGCAGGUCGGGGGGUCUUGGUGUGGGACCUCCUGGGGCCCCUCCAUAUAUUACAGCGAGACCAAGUCAAUUACACUCAUUAUAAGAUUACUGCAUCUGUCGAAGGAACAGAACAACUACAACUUUGAUUUCCGUAUGGCGUAUAAAGUUCUGAGGAAGGAGUAUGCAACAGUACGAUAUGGAGGCUCCCCGCCUACUGAAAGACCCUUCUUCAAGCUGCGACCGAUGUUAUAUCUGACGAACGUAUCUCGGAACGACACGAGCUCUCGGGCGAAAACCCCCGAGUACUACCUCGGGGAUUUGAUCGCGGGCACAUACUGCUCGCGGAUCUUCAGCGACUGCGAUCGUAAAAACUGCAGAUUACAAUCCCCGAAUUUCCCCGGCGUUUACCCGAGAAAUUUGACCUGCUACUACGCGGUGCGACAACACGAGGUGCCCCAGGGAAAACAUGCUCUUAUAGUCGUGAAGCAGCCCAACGGGCAGUUGGUUUCUAUUCGAAGUCAGAAGGCGUUGUAUGCUCCGUCGCAGCAGGACAGGGAGAAUAACGGGCGGGAGCUGAAGUUCUGGCAGCAGUGCGAUGAAGUCCAGGACUACGUGACGGUGUACGACGGGUACACCACCCGGGACCCGGUUAUCCUGCGGUUCUGCGGCGGCGGCGUGUCGGUGCCGGAGGCGAUAUCUAGCGGGCCGGAGCUGCUGGUGGAGUUCACGACGUCGCCGUUCGGCACGUUCCUGCAGCCGGCCGUCUCGCAGUCGCUACACGGCUUCCAGUUGGAGGUUGAGGUCCGGUUCGUCGAUCAGCAAUCGCCGACGUACGCGAAAAACAAGCGGGCGUGCGAGUUCUGGAUCCGGGGGACGGGGAAGGGGGUGUUGGAGCACCCGCAGCACUCUCUGCCCCCAAACACCACCUGCCUCUACCACAUGCAGGGCAUCGACACGUCGGGGCCGACGGGCCGCAACAUUAUCUACAGGCGGCAGUUCUCGGCCCCCAGAUUUAGGGUCUGGUUCUCGGUGCUAAAGUUCUUUGUGACGAACGCCCUCAACCCGAAUCUCCCCGAGGACGAGUACUGCGGGAGCCAUUUGAAUAUUUGGGACGGCCCCAUGAGGAUAUCGCCCGGCUGCAGCGAUAUAUUCUGUGACAAAGAGAGAUCAGUCCAGAUGUCUCGUGCUACAUCCCCCCAGUCAGUAAUCGUCGGUCGACCACCGACCAACGCGACGCUGAUAGCCCGGUUCUGUCGCGAGCGGGCUCCAAGGACCUGCGAGCAUGCGCUGCUGAGGAAGUCCAGGGCCUGCGCCAGGACCGAGAGCUUCUUGUCCAAAGGAGACUCGCUCACCUUGGAGCUGAAGCUGACGCAGGGUACAGCGUUGAAGCCGGUGUUCUUCAAGGCGCUCUACGAAUUCGUGGACCUGCACCAGGACGGUGAGCCCUGGGGGCGCGGGCCGUGUUCCCGGCGCUUCGUGUCCCGCUCCUUCCCCGAGGCGCCGCCAGACCCGCCCGUCACCUUCUCCUCGCCGCGCGACGUCUUCCUCUACGGACGGGGAGGGAAUAGGAACAUUAGCUGCACGUACCGUUUCGAGGCGAACCCCGGGGAGGGUGUGCGGCUGCGGGUGUGGGGGGUGCGGGGCGGGGCGCGGCUGUGUCGCACCGUGCACUCCGCUCACUCCCCCUGGUACCGCUGCGCCGGCGACCCCACCGCCGCCGUCAGGAUCUUCGAGAAACCCUGGAAGGACAGCGGACCCGGCGUACCGAGGGAUUGUUUGUGCAGUGACGUGGGCGACUACGAGUUCACGUCGCGCACGCAGAUCGUGGAGCUGAAGUUCGACGUGGUGAACAUGACGGCGGCCGACGAUUUCCGCGCCUUCGGCUUCGACGCCUCCGUCGAGUUCGUGCGCCUCGACAGCCCGUGCGAGGGCAGCCACCGCGUGUACGGCUCCAGCGGCGAGCUGCGGCUGGCGGCGAGCGUGCCGGUGCUGGAGUCUGAGCAGUGCGACCACCGGCCGUGGCUGAUCGACCCGUCACCGGGCCGCUACCUGUACCUGCAGAUCCCCGGCGCCGUCAUCCGCGAGCCCGACCUCGACAACUUCACGCUGCUCAACAACAUCACCGUCGCGCCUGACCUGCGCCACAUGUGCCGCACGCAGAACAGAAUCGCUGUGUAUGCUGAACGACUGUCGCCGAUAUUCAUCUGCCCCGAUCCUCCUGAUGGAGAGGAAGGUGUAGUGGAGGUGUUCUCAGCGGGCUGGACGCGCGAGGUGGACCAGCUUGCGCGGCACGUGCUGGCGCCGCCGCCCGCGCCAGACCGCUUCGACAUGGACCGCCCGCGCGCGCUCGCGUUGGAGCUUGUUGCUGCCGACACAGCAUCGUACUACGUCACCUGGCUUGAGCUGUCUAGAAGACGCGCAUUACCUCGCGGUGGGGUAUUCGCGCUAUCUGGCGAGUGCGCGCACCGCUGCGCGUCACUGGACGCGUGCAUCUCGCCAGCACUAUGGUGUGACGGCGUGGCGCAGUGCCCCGACGGCAGCGACGAGCGCCUGGCGCAGUGCUCGGCCCUGCUGCGCCUGCCGCCGCACUACGCGCUCGCGUUUAUUGCCUGCACGCUGCUGGCUACCUUCGCUGUGAUAGCGGUAGCGCGGUCGUGUCGCCGGCGGCGGUCGGCGCUGCAGCAGCGGCUGAAGAGCCUCUCGUCGGACACGGCGAUCUUCGACGAGAAGGAAGUAAUUUGCUGACCAAGCGAGGACUCUGUGCGGUACGUGGAGGUCGACCGGGUCACCACGGUGUGAUUCGCCUCCAGCACAGAGUCUGUUACGUCUAAACACGCGCCUCUCGCGGCAGCGGUAUUCUGUAUUGUUCGACGAGUCUGAGUGAGUUCGACGAGCCUGAGCGAGUGCUACAAAUUAGAGCGAUUUUGACCCGCUCAGUGAAUUCGACAAGUCUGAGAGAGUUUGACAAAUCUGAGUGAGCUUGACGAGUCCGAGUGAGUUCGACAAGUCUGAGUGUGUUCGACGAGUGUGAGUGAGUUCGUGUUCCAAACUGUGUCUUUAGAGUUUUAAAUUAGGCUGACGUCACAGUUGUGAAUUGUGACGGGUUAAUAAUUAGGAAAUGCGAGAUUUUGGUAAUUAAUUCUCGAAUACAUUGAAUUAAUGAUUAUCAAUAUUAUCAGCGCGUUUACUGUUGUCGCAAACUUUUCCCCCCUAUCCCUAGUGUGACCCGAGUGUAUACAAAGAGUUUACAGAAUACCUCUGCUGACGAUGAGAUGAUCAGUUACAAUGGUUGUAAAUUUGACUUGAGGGUUUCUCUAGAUAAUUUGUUGUUUGAAUUCGUAUUGAGUCCAAAUGUACAGUAUAGAUAUUAACAGUUUUGGACCAAGUACCGUCGGUCGGUAUAUUUGUUACUCUGUCUUCGGGUUUGACGCAUGGUAUACAUUACUUUACAAACGCACAACGCGACCGGCGAGGGAUGAUUUAGGGGUAAGGUGUAAUGGCUUUCGGUAAUAGAUAAUAUGGGUGUCAUGAUCUAUGCUAAGAUAAAGGAUCGUCUGGCUCGCUCGUGACCUGUGAAUUCUGUAUUAAUUGACUUAAAAGUCUUUAAAAUUAUGUGAAUGGAUAUGAAUGAUAAUGAGGUCAUAAAAUGUGUGAAAAAAACUGUAACGGAAAAAAUUCUGAGGUUUGGUGUGGCGUGUCUGUAAUAUUAAUAAAAUUUGUAGAUGGACAAGUUUCAUUCGACACGAGCGAGUCAGACGGUCCAUACGGACUAUAUCGCUGCGGCAAUAAUUUUAUUUAUAAUCUUACAAAUUGUGUUCUUAUCGUUAAUUCGUAUACGUGAUAAAAACUGCCAUUUUAUAGGAAAUUCCGAGUUCAAAUAUUACGAGAUUACAGAUUAUAUUGAAUUAUUAACGUUGUACCCGCUUACUUUUGUAAUAUUUUAACGUUUCCGUUCAAAGAAAAAGAUAGACGAGUUGAUAGAAAAAAUGUGAUGAGGCGUUUUCUGUGCUGAUUGUUAACAUUACUUUUCUCGAAAAUAAAUUAUUAAUUAGG